AUGACCCGCUUUCACGAGGCCAUGGGUGCGAAAUUGAUCCCCGAGAACAACGCUGGUAGUGUAAUAGGUUACACAGAGGUUGCACAGUCGAACUAUGAUGGCCAGAGACAAUUCGCUGCCAAGGGUUACCUAUUUGGUCCCAAUGUCACUGUCUGGACUGAAAGUGAAGUCCACCACAUCGACAUUGUGAAGCAGCGUGCAUCCAGAAUCAUUGGCAUACGAUAUUCCGGCGAUGGAACUAAGAAUAUCAGUGGAAUUGGGCCAAAGGAAGAGUUGGAUAAGCAUGGUAUCCUUAUAAAAGCCGAUCUCCCUGUUGGAAAGAAUCUAUCCGACCAUCCUUGCGUUUCUAGCAAGUGGACUGUAAACAAGAAGGAUGCCAGCAUCGGGAUUGGACCAAUGGUGACCGAGACUUGCGACUGGACUGCUGGACCGCCGAUGGAUUGGAUUGCUUUUCACCGCGGAAAAGUUUCGACGUUGGAGGCAGCCUCUGAGCAUCUAGCCGCUGAUGAGAAGAAAUAUUACUUGUCCGAGGGCAAGGCACAUUGGGAAUCUUUCACCAUGUAG